CCUCAGACUCGAACCAUUUUUUGUUGUUGUUUUCAUGUUGCGCACACGCGCUUAUGGCGGUGCCAGCUCCAGUAGUAGUAGCAGCAGCAGUGAUAGUAGCAGCAGUGAUAGUAGCUCGGAUGACGGGAGUGGCAGCGAUGACGAAGCUGCUCAGAUCGCCGACAAUCCCGCGCAACCCGCCGCUCCAGCUGCGCAGGCGCUCAUCUCGUCUUUGGCAGUCGAUGCAUCAUUGACACGCGAGGUGCUUGUGACCGAUCCUGUGGUCAUUCUGCCGCUGGCCGAGCUUGCGUUAGCUGUCGUCGCAGAGCAUGUGGAGCGAUACCGCUCGCUGGCAUUGCUCGGACCCGAUGUCGCGAACGCGCUCGUUAAAAUACUGGUAUCGCAAGGUCGAUUCAAUUUCCCCAUGAUUCGAUUGUUCCUCGCGCAAAAACUGUUUCUGACAAGCUUGGAUUUGGCACCAUGCGCAGCCGAAAUGAACGGAUACAUGCUCAAGACCGUCGCGCGAUUUGACACGCUGACUGUAUUACGACUGGAAGGAUGUCGAUUGUCUCAGGCUGAUGCUCGACCCUUGAAAAGUCUUGCUUCAACGUUGCAGCGUCUAGAGCUGGUCAACAUCAAGCAUGGAAAUGCGCUGUUGCAAGUCGUGGGUAGUCUGGUGAACUUGCGGGCGUUGCGAUUAGAGCAGCUGGCGGAAUUGACUGCCGCAGGUCUCGCUCUGCUUCCACCUCUGCAACGGGUGACCAACUUUGCGCUAGUUCAAUGCCCGUCAGUGGAGUACCUGCCUGUACCGUUGCUGCAAGCGUGGAAGCCACAACUGUCGCACUUGGAAUUGAGCGAAUGCGACACCUUGACCGCGGACGCCCUCCGAACGACGCUUAUGGCCUGGCCGAACAUUUCUGUGCUACGAUUGCAAAAGAUUGCUUCCCGGCUCCUACCCGCGUGCCAGUUGCUGAGCACAUUGCCGCGGCUCCGUAACCUGGACAUGUCAGGUUCCGAUGUCGCUCAUCUGACGCAGCCCUUCUCGGCUCUGGUGCACCUGACAGGCCUGGUUCUCCCAAACGCCGACGUGCAUGACGCAUGGGUCCAAAGUGUUCUUCCAGGCCUGAAAAGCCUACAGCACCUGUCGCUCUCCAACACAAAGAUCACUUCGACGAGUCUGCCCAUCAUUGCAAAACUCAAUCGGCUCAAUCAUCUGUCCAUUUCGACUACUUCGGUUGAAGGGGACGCAGAAGAAGUGCUCGAGUGCUUUGUUGCGCACCCAAACCUCGAGUAUUUGAAUGUCGAUCUGUGUAGCAUUGUUUGGAGCAGCUCUGAGGCCAUCGACCAAUGGAGGCAACGCGUGCCCCACCUUGCUACGUUCUUGACAACUCGCAACGACAUUGCCCCGGCCCCUGCACCGAAUCCAGCGCCUGCAAGGCCUAUGCGAGAAACACCACGCAAUGUACGACGAUCGCGUCGGCGAUGAUACACUUGAAGCACAUUUGACGAGAUUUAAAUUAAACGAAAUUCACACUUGAAACCGAAAAGAAAGAAAGAAAACAAACAAAUAAACAAAGACAAACAAAC